UGAUAACGGGGGCAGGUAACGGUUAGCUGGGGGAGUUUUGUACUAGCCUAGCUUAGCCGUCAGCAGCAGCGGGAGCGCGGACCUCCCGGACUGGCACACCGGACCGGACUCAUGAUUUAUGGUGGCGCAGUUUGUUGACAGCAGGUCAGUGUCAAUAUGAAAGCUGUCAGACGGACAGACAGGGCGAUGUCCCAUCACUAAUGUCCUGCUGUAACUAAAACACCUGGAACAACAUCUGGAACAACAUCCUUCACUGUAAACUCUCAGACCAGUUGAGUCCAGUUCAGCAGAAACAUGGCGACCCCUCCUUCUGUCCUGAGAGAGUUCUGCCCGCUCUACUAUCUUCUCAAUGCAAUCCCAGCCAAGGUGCAGCGUGGGUUCAGGUCCGUCCUGGUCUACCUGACGGCUCUAGACAGCAGCAGUGACUUCCUGGCUGUGGGCAGCAGUAUUGGAAUGCUCUACCUGUACUGUCGCCGCCUCGCACACAUGAACAAGUACAGCCUGGAGGGAAAGACUGAUGCAAUCACGGCCGUGAAGCUGCUCAGCUGUUUUGAUGAUCUGGUUGCCGUGGGAACAGCAUCAGGUCGAGUUGCAGUCUUCCAGCUGGUGUCUCCACUUCCUGGUCGAAACAAACAGUUGAGGCGUUUCGAUGUGGUCGGCCUCCAUAAAGGCUCUGUAACGUCUUUGGCGUGGAGCACCAACGGGAUGAAACUUUUCUCUGGAGAUGAUAAGGGGCGAGUCGUUUUCUCCUCUCUGGACCUGGACCAGGGAGUGUGUAAACCUGUGCUGCUGUUGGAGGAGUCCUCAGGUGUGGUUCAGAUGGAGUACAGUCACCAGAUACUACUGAUCUCAACGCAGCAGAGAUCUCUGCUGUACUGCACACAGACACAGGAAGUCCAGCAGCUGGGCACCAAGCCCCGCAAGAGCAGCGGCAGGUUCGGAGCCUGCUUCCUGCCGGCUCUCUGUAAACAGAGCGAUCUUCAGGUGUUUGCUGCUCGACCUGGACUCAGACUGUGGAGGUCUGACGUCAAAGGACAGGUGGAGGACACCCGGCUGCUCAAACCCCUCUUCAACGCACAGAUUCCUCAGUUUGAGUUGUUUCCUCGUCCUGAUCCAAUUGGAGCGUACCGUCCAGCAGACAGACAGCUCGGUCUGCUCAGCUGUUUCCUCAGGGAGGGCUGGAUCCUCAGCUGGAACGAGUACAGCAUCUACGUUCUUGACUGUCUUAACGAGGUGAUAAUCGGAGCGUUGGAGAGCAGUGGAGAUAUUGUGUCAGUGUCGUGUUGUGACAACGAGAUCUUCAUCCUGAAAGGAGACAGAGACAUCAUCCGUCUCUCCAACAGCCCUGAGGGACUGGCCUCCAACUUGUUGGACCUCUCUGUCCGUGUGUCCUCACCUUUGGCCACACCAACAAUCUUCCCACCAACCGGAUCAGUGGAAACAGCUCAACCAAUCAGAACCAUGGCGAUCAUUGUAGAGGGUGGGGGCAGGGAGGAGGGAGGGGGUGGAUGGGAGAGGCAUGGCGAGGACGGAGAGGAAGAGGAGGAAGUGGAGGAGGCGGAAGAGCAGCUGGAGGUGACGGAGCAGUUCUGCCACCAGUCCGGUUUAUUCACCAGCAGCUCUCGUAGCCGCAGCAGCUCCAUCACUUCCUGGGACAGUCUCCAUGGAAACACCCCGGUGACCACUUCCUCCGAGCAGAGCUCCAGACGCUACAGCGCCCCCCUGGGUCAGGGCGAGAUGCAGCAAGAGCUCGUGGUGAAAGCCAUCAGGGUGAAGAAGAAGAAGAGGAGACGACAAGACAGCAGCAGUGGGAACCGCCUCUCUGAGAGCAGCUGCUCAGAAUCCAUGUUUGUAGUCCAGGACGGCAGCUGUAGUGACGGAGGAAGCGGAACUCCUCUAAGUGACAGAGCCUCGCUUGUGGGUCUGGACCUUCACAACCAGGACUCUCCCGAACAAAACCAGGAACAGAACUCACAGGAGGGAGGGAGUGGAGAUGUAGAGAUGGAGUCUUCCUCCACCCAGUCUGGCUCCCUGCUCCCUCCAGACUCCCUGCUCCUCGAGGGUGUGGAGAACAAGCUGAAUCCAGGAAAGGACUCUGGUUCUGGUGCCGAGGCAGUCGUCCCCCCAACCCCGGAUGUGGAUCUGCUUCUCGAGUGCACUUUCUCCUACAUGCACAACACUGAGGAGGAGGAUGAACAGGAGCAGCAGCCAGUGGAGGAGCAGGAGGACGAGUUUCUGAGCCCUCUGAUUGGACCAGAUGAAGAAGAGGAGGAGGAGGAGAUUGAUGACCUCAUGCCCCCUCCUCGUCUGCCGGACCAGAUGUUUUACUCCACUGUAUCAAAUCUGGACAGAAAACCCAGCAUGUCCAGUGAUGAAGAAGGAGACAUCUACUGUCACAGUCUGCCCCCUCCUGGCAGCGGUGGAGAAGUCCUCAACUGUCCAGCUAAUCAGGCAGAGAAGACAAUAGACAAACAAAUGGACCAAGACGCUCAGGACAGAGACACGCACAAAUCUGACCAGUUGGCAGAAAGCUGGAUGGGAUACUCGGGACCAGGAUGUGGAAUACUGAGCCUGCAGGUGACUGACAGGUAUGUGUGGUGUCUGGACUUUAAAGGAGGACUUUUCUGUAGCCCUCUGCCUGAAACUGGACUCAACUGGCAGCGUUUUGAAGACAACGUCCACCAGGUGGCGGUGUCACCCUCAGGUAACCUGCUGUGGAAGGUGGAGCAGAAGACUAUGACGGCGUUUGCUUGUGCAAAAGUAACAGUUAAAGGGAAACGGCACUGGUACAAAGCUGUGGAGCAAACGGCCUUCGUGGCUCUCAGUGACGACUCCGCCUGGAUUAUCAGGACCAACGGCGACCUCUACCUGCAGACAGGUCUGAGCGUGGACCGGCCUUGUGCUCGCUCUGUGAAGGUGGACUCUCCCUGUGUGUUCAGCCAGGUGUGUGUGAGCGCAGGUGUGGUCUGGGCCCUGAGCGAACACAAAGCGUUAUUCUACAGAGAAGGACUCAACAGCUACUGCAGCGAAGGAGAGGGCUGGAAGUACGACACCGUCAGUGAGGCUCAGGGUCUGGAGUUGAUGUGUGUGACCCUGGGAGACGGUGGUACAGCCUGGGCGCUGGACGCCAGUGGCAGCCUCUGGUUUAGAACUGGCAUCUGUUCGUCCAGGCCGCAGGGCGACGACGACCACUGGUGGCAGAUCAGUAUCUCAGACUACGUGGUCUUUGAUCAGGGCAGCCUGUUCCAGACGCUGCUUCAGGCCACCCAGAGUGUUGCCACGGUAACCAGGGCACCGGUGGAGCGGGUCGUGGCCUUCCUGUCCCAGUACUCGCAGUGCCAGCCGAGCCUGGUCAGCGCCAACAGCAGUGGAGUCUGGGUGGCCUCGGGGCGGAACCAGCUGCACCUGGCCCGCGGCAGUCUCGUAGGAACUUUCUGGCAGAACGUUGUUCCAAGAGGAACCGUCUCAGCCACCAGGUGGACCUUCAUCACGUCUUCAGCUGUGCCUCACAGAGAAGGUACGUUCCUGUGGUUGGCUCAGAGCCGGAAGGAUCUGUUCUGUGUUUGGGACCAGGAUGGAGAGCUCCGCCCCUCGUCUGUCCCUCUACCACCUGAGAUGGAGCUGACCCACCUGUCUGCCUGUCGUGACGCUCUGUGGGGUUUGGACACUCACGGUCGAGUCAGUAUCCGUACGCUGUCUCCGUCCUGUCCCUUUGGACUCCACUGGACCCCCCUGGACCUCAGCCAGCUCGGAGGUGUUCGUCUGGUCAGUGUGAGUUGUGGCAGUCAGAACGUCUGGGCUGUGGACAGUCGAGGAGUAGUUUACUUCAGAGUUGGAACCCAACCUCUGAACCCGAGCAUGAUGCUACCGGCCUGGAUUCAAAUAGAACCACCUGUACAGCCAAUCGGAGUGCAACUGGUCAGUAUUCAGACGAGUCCUAACGAUCGUCUUCUCUGGGCAUUGGACAACAGAGGAAGUGUCUUCGUCAGAACUGGACUCAGUGAUGAGAUGCCUGUGGGGACGGACUGGGAGCUGGUACCAGGUUUAGCCGUCAGUCAGCUGGUCCUCAGCUCUCGGACAGUUUGGGUUCGGUGUGUAAACGGAGAUCUGGCUCGACGCUACGGCCUCUCUGAAAGAAACCCUGCAGGAGAUUACUGGAAGAAGAUCCCUGGAAACGCCAACUGGUUAACUGUGACUCCAGAUGACGAGUUGUGGGCAGUGACUCUGAUUGGUGGAUUGUCUCGUCGGCUGACCAAGCUCCUCCCACAGACUCUAUGUAGACCCGCCCCCUCAGGCCCCGCCCUCAGCGGGGACGAUGUCGACGAUGAAUGGGAGCUCAUCUGACCAAUGACAUCGCUGUGAUGUCACCACUGUUUGGUGUCGGUCUUGUGGGUUGCAGUGAUGUCACAGUGACACCACUUCCUGUUUACAAACUUGCUCCUGAAGCAGUAAGUGGACUGUGUGAUGUCACCGCUGGACCGACACUGCACAGGCAGGUGACAUCACUUCCUGGGACUUUUAAGACUAGAGGACAUUUCUGAAACAAGGUGGCUGCACAGAGGGAGCCCAGGUGGCUGCUGGGAAAUGAAGUGAACUGAGACUUAUUUUUUGUUUUAACAGAAAGCACUUUAUUCUAAAGGGACAGUGGGUUCUGACUGGUUCCUACUGGGCGUCAAACGGCUCGUUCCUCUCCAGCUCCAGUUCAAACUGGUUCAGUCUCAGUUGGAGUGGCUCGAACUGGUCCUAACUGGUUCUAACUGGUUCUAAAUCUACUAAUAUUUAUUCCAGUUUAGUUCAUACUGGUUGUUGAGGAUAUUAAAGGGACAUUUCACAUUUUACUCCAGUUUUGUUCAUUCUACGUCAAACUGGUUUGGAGCGGCUCGGACUGGUUUCUUGACCUGCAGUGAGGUUAAGCUCUGAGGUCUCAACUGGAUUUAUAUUAAAAGAUAAAACUCUUGGGAAUGGUCCUUUAAACUCGUCGUCUUCUCUCCUCCUCGUCUCCGACAGCGUUGCCAUGGAAACCUGUGAAGAUGUGACUCCGUUGUGAUGUCAUGGUGAUGUCAGCUGAUGGGUAGGAUGUUCUGCUGCUGACCAAUAAGAAUUCAGUGUAAACUCACCUGUUGUGUGGUUUCAUUAAUUAUUAACUUAAUAAACAUGUUUAAACACAA